AGGGGACCAAGUUACCAAGUAUUGCGGCGCUUUGCUGCCAACCCCCACUAGGCAGCGGUGGGCAAGUAGGUGCUGAAGCCGCUAAUUUUACCACUGCGCCGCUCCGGCCCAGGCUAUGACACCACGCCUGCUAAAGGCUCCGCCUCCAAUAAUAAUCCUCGCGCUUCUGUCUUCUUCCGCCUCUUCCAACAGACCCCGUCUUUCUCCCAACUCUUCCCGCUUUGCUCUUUCCUUUAUCACCUAAUUCAUUUGAAAACAAGCUUCUUGUACUUCUUCUUCAACGCCAACCUAAUACUUUUUUCUUUUGCUCCGCCCUCAUCUCCCUACCACCACCGCCACAAUGGAUUUGGAUCCCAAGUACGACAACUACGACUUCCCCUACGAGGCCAAGGAGGCUCAGGAUGGCCACGCCGGUCAUCUGACUGAGGCCCAGAUUGCCCAGGUUCACCAGUUCCGCAUGAUGCUUGAAGCCGAAGGCGUCACUGAGCGAUUGGACACCCUCACCCUACUGCGCUUCUUGAGAGCCCGCAAGUUCGAUGUUGCACUUUCCAAGCAAAUGUUCAUGGACUGUGAGGCCUGGAGAAAGGAGAUCGACCUCGACAACCUUGUCCCCACCUGGGAGUACCCCGAGAAAACCGAGAUCCAAAAGUACUACAAGCAGUUCUACCACAAGAUCGACAAGGACGGCCGACCAAUCUACAUUGAGACCCUUGGCGGUAUCGACUUGACCGCCAUGUACAAGAUCACUACUGCUGAGCGCAUGUUGAACAACCUUGCCGUCGAGUACGAACUCGUCGCUGACCCCCGCCUGCCCGCCUGCUCCCGCAAAGCUGGCCACCUUCUUGAGACUUGCUGCACCAUCAUGGAUCUCAAGGGCGUCACUCUGACCCGUGUCCCCCAGGUCUACUCCUACGUCCGUCAGGCAUCGGCCAUCUCGCAGAACUACUACCCUGAGCGUCUCGGCAAGCUCUACCUGAUCAAUGCCCCCUGGGGUUUUUCCACCGUCUGGAGCGUUGUUAAGGGAUGGCUCGACCCCGUUACCGUUAAGAAGAUCAACAUCCUUGGCGGCAGCUACAAGAGCGAGCUUUUGAAGCAGAUUGACGAAGAGAACCUUCCCAAGGACUUUGGUGGCAGCUGCGCUUGCGAGGGAGGCUGUGAGAACAGCGAUGCUGGCCCCUGGAAGGACCCCGCCUUCUCCAAGCCCUCCCAGUGGGAGAAGAAGAAGGCUGCCGCUACCAACGGCCUUCAGAACAAUGGAUCCGAGAUUGUUACUCCUGCUAAUGGUGAGGCUACACCGGUUGUUGAUGCUGCUGCGGAGGACAAGGUCGCUGCUACAGCCUAAAUUUGUCGUGACUAAUAUCGACGUUGAAAAGGCGGGGUGCCGUUUGAUGGGAGAGAAGCUUUGUUUGGUGCGAUUGAUGACCUUUUUUUUUUUUUUUGAUAUUUGACAGGCACUGAGAGAAGGCGUAUCCGGACUAGAAAAUGAGUUGAAGCAUUGUCUGUUGUUGAGUUGCAUAGCCACGGAGUAAGGGGGUGUUGGCUUUGGCAAUCGCUAC